AUGCGCUUACCAUGAUUCUGCAGAGCCUAAUUACAUCAUAGGCUUGAAAAAACGGUUUAUACUUUUUCAUCAGCAUUAGAAAAGACAAUCAUGUACGUGGAUUUCCAAUACAACAAGAGGUCGCCAUCUUUACAUUCUCUCUCUAUUCACUUUCAUCUGAAACAAAAACAUAUGGACAAAGUUAAUGGUUGAGUUAACAAGGUAGCAUCUCUUUUUUCCUAUAAAUGAGAAACUAAGUUUAGCAUUCCUUAUCUCAUAGAGCAGUGGGCAGAGAGGAAAACGGAAUUACCAUGAAUUCUCUGUUCUGUUUUCUGCUAAUUUUCUUUGCCGUCUCCAUUGAUGUUGCACAUUCUUUACGAGUGAAAAGCGUUCGGGAAUUGAACAACGAUGAUGUGCAUCGGAUGAUUCUUAGGAGGAAAUUGUUGAAAAAUGGUCUAGGCUCAACUCCACAGAUGGGAUGGAACAGUUGGAAUCAUUUCCAGUGUAACAUUGAGGAGAAGUUGAUUAAAGAAACAGCUGAUGCAAUGGUGUCAACUGGUCUUGCAGCAGUUGGAUACAAUUACAUAAAUCUAGAUGAUUGCUGGGGUGAACUCAACAGAGACUCUCAGGGAAAUUUGGUUCCUAAAGCGUCAGCAUUUCCUUCAGGAAUAAAAGCUCUAGCAGACUAUGUUCACAGCAAAGGGCUCAAACUUGGAAUAUACUCUGAUGCAGGGAUCUCUACUUGCAGUAAGCAAAUGCCAGGGUCACUUGGCCAUGAGGAACAAGAUGCGAAAACCUUUGCUUCAUGGGGUGUUGACUAUUUGAAGUAUGAUAACUGUAAUAACACUGGUACAAGGCCCAAAGAGAGAUAUCCUAAGAUGAGCAAAGCAUUACUGGAGUCUGGAAGAUCCAUAUUCUUCUCUUUAUGUGAAUGGGGAGAUCAAGAUCCAGCAACUUGGGCACCGGGUUUGGGAAAUAGUUGGAGAACAACAGGAGAUAUUGAGGAUAAAUGGGAGAGUAUGACAAAACUUGCGGAUCUAAAUGACAAAUGGGCGGCGUAUGCUGGACCUGGUGGAUGGAAUGAUCCCGACAUGCUUGAAGUAGGAAACGGUGGCAUGACAACAGAAGAGUACCGUUCGCACUUCAGUAUAUGGGCAUUGGUUAAGGCUCCACUGUUGAUUGGGUGUGAUAUUCGAUCGAUGAACAAUGUGACAGACGAAUUGCUGAGCAACAAGGAAGUAAUUGCAGUUAAUCAAGACAAACUUGGAGUUCAAGGGAAAAAGGUUAAGCAAGAUGGAGAUUUGGAGGUUUGGGCUGGUCCUCUAAGCGGACGCAGGAUAGCUUUGGUUCUAUGGAAUAGAGGAUCUCAACAGGCAUCAAUAACGGCUAAUUGGCAAGAUAUUGGCCUUAAACCAUCUACUGUGGUUAAUGUUCGAGACUUAUGGGCGCAUUCGACUCAAGCUUCAGUGAAGGAUUCUCUGUCAGCUACUGUGGAUUCUCAUGCUUGCAAAAUGUAUGUACUCACACCAAUUAGGAAAAUAUGAUGACAGAUGGAAAAAAUAGCAGGCAAGAAGAUGCAUUGAUGAAGCAGCAUAGAAAUGUGUUGAAGGAAUAAAAAAGUUCAUUGUAAUAGAUUCAACGUAGAAGUAGACUUUAUAUCUAAUGCUUUCAGUAACAAAUCCCCACGAAAUUAUUAGCAUAUUACUUCAGACUCAGAGCAUUGAAAGUGAGACCCAUCUAUUUAUUUCUAUGGGGAGAUAUGUUUCCACACUUUGUGUAGUGCACCUUGGUAGUGUUUCAUACAUGCACUGAAAUAUUUGUAACAAGCAGCUAAAUUUAGCCAAUUUGAUAAUUGAGCAUGGGUGCAAAACUCCAAGUUCAAAUUUGCAUUAA